AUGGAAACAUUCUCAAGCUCUGUCUCAACUCUCAAAGUCCCACGCACCCUUCUUUCAACUCCAUCUCGUGAACUACUCCACCAUUUCAAGACCUCUCACAACACCCACAAACUUCCUCCACAAACCCACCUCCACAAAACCACCACCAAAACCACCUCUUUCACCCAAAAGCCUCUAACUUUAUCCACACCCUCAUUCUCAAUCCCCACCAAAACCCUUUUCUCAACUCCAAAUCUCCACAAAAACCCAGCUUCUGGUUAUGCAGCUGCUCUUUUGGACAUUGCUCAAUGCAACAGGACCCUUGAUUUGGUCCACAAGGAUGUGAAGAGGUUCUUGCAAUUGCUCCACAACAAGCAGGUUCAAGCUGUUUUGGAAAGCCCAUUUGUGGGUUUGGAGGAGAAGGGCCAAGUGAUGAAGCUGGUGGCCCAGAAAGGGAAAUUCAACAAGCACUUGGUGAAUUUGGUGAAGAUGUUGGUUGAGAAAAGUAGAGUGGGGAUUGUGAAGGAAAUGUUGGAGGAGUUUGGGAGGAUUUGCAGUGAGCUCUCUGGGGCUAAUCAAGGAUUGCUAAGAGGGCUGUCAAGGUGA